AUGUGCUAACUUCCUCUCAGCAAGUCAAGAGCUAUAAUGACGAAAUAAGUGGCGAAGAACGGGGCUCGUAUUACAAUUCAUCGUGGACAAAUUUUACCUUAUCAUCGCGACUGUUCACAACGAUAAUUGUGUGUAAAUAAGUUUGUUCUGAUUUGUGGAUGUCUAAAUUUAAUAAACAGCGGUAUGUGAGACAAUGUAACGACAGUUGUUUUGAGGUUGAGCUGAUAGAUUGUGCGCUUAGCUUAUUCGGAAAAGUUGUGUGUAUAUAUUCAAAAGCGAAAAAUUUGCUUCAAAUACUUUUCUUCUAUUGCUUAAUAUAAAAUAUUCUUCUAGUAUGGCAGACACAAUUAAGUUAUUCCUAUUUCUUACACUCUGUACCUUUGCAAUGUCUAUUGAUGAUAUUACAAAUAACGAAGAUUACAAAGAAUCAAACAAGGUUCUGUCAAGACGAAAAAGGUACUUAGUUUUUCCGGAUGGAAGCUCAUUUCAGUUGGUUAUUUGUGAACAAAACCAUGGUUAUCUUCAAUUAGGUAACAUAGUAUGGCUUGCUAAUACGGCAGCGUUGGCGUGGGAACUCCCAACGGACCCAAAAUUAUUCCACAUAUUUAAAAACCACGAAAAAGAAUUUGCAAACAGAAAUGGAAUAUCUAAAAGUAUAUACUUUUUGGAUGAAGAUGGAAAAGUUUUAUCUAAGAAGCCGUAUCACAAAAAAUUUCUGGUAAACCCCGCAUUUGCCAAGCGAAGUGUGACCGAUACAAAUAGCUCUAUAUCAAUCAAGGAAAUGCACGAGAAACAAAAGAAAGGCGGUACAGUUCUACAAGACUUAGAUCAUAAUAGUAUCGACUUUCAUAGAUAUGGAAGGAAAGACUUUUAUUCGAAAUUCGGAGAAUUUUUAAAUGCGCUGGGCCUCAACGGACAGGAAUGUGUUCUUCGGAUGCUGUGUGAGAGUGGCCAAGGAAGUUCCGAACAAGGCACGUUCUUCGAAGAAAUCAUGAGAGCUACCUUUACAUUUCCUCGUCGAGAGCAGUCGUCAAAACACCUCUACGAUAAAGCACAUUCAACUAAACAUGAUUGUGAUACUAUGUAUCCAGCCUGUAAAAUUGAUUAACCAUAAAAAUCAUC